AUGCCUCUGAUGCAGUUCGAUGAGCACUUCACUCCUGAGUGCAAGUUCAAGGAGAGUGUGUUCGAGAACUACUACGUCACAUACUCCUCCAUGCUCUAUCGCCAAACCCAGUCUGGCCGCUCCUGGUAUAUCGGUAUCAACCGCGACGGACAGGUCAUGAAGGGCAACCGGGUGAAGAAGAACAAAGGAGCUGCGCACUUCCUGCCAAAAGUUAUAGAGGUUGCGAUGUAUAAGGAGCCAUCGCUACACCAGCUCGCCCCUGAACCGGUGAGUCCUCCGCGGAAGACAGUGAAGACGUCAGAUUUGCCGUCCCUGAAGAAUGGACGGAAAGAAGCUCCCAAGGCUGAUGCUUCAUAGCACAGGAGACUGAGGGUGGGACAAAGAGCAGCAGUGACACUGGGAAUACAGCCGCCCAUUAUGCACUGAGGGUGGGUGGGGUAAUGGCCCCCAAGGGCCACCUUAUUCCAGAAGUGAGCAACGAGAUUCAGAAAGAUAACAGGUCAGCGGUCCAUCAGCAGCCGAGAACACCUGAGAGAGGAGUCCCCCCCUCACCUGUCACCGCAGAAAGGAAGCCAAGGGCCUGAGCCAGAACUACUACCACCUGCCCCUCCCACUGUUUGUCUCUUUCUCCACCUCAGUGACUUCCUAAUGCACAGUCUCCUUCAUUUCUCUGUCAUGCUCGGGCUUCUUUGUCCCACUGACAAUUCCAUCUUUUCUCACAUGCCAAACCUACCAUUCGGUCUAUUGUAGUAUAUUCACCACUCACGCAUUCCCAGCGCCGACUCAGCACCAUAAUCUUCACCCAUGGGCCCCAUCUUGAGCCCUAAAGUUGGUGACAGUGCGGUUCAGCCUGGCUUUCCACCCACCAGCUGCCUACCAGCUAAGCUAAUCACCAAGGUCAACUAAAGCUCAAAGUGAGAUGAAACAGCUCACAGAGGAGAUAUAUCUGCAGGGAUCCUGGGUCGGAUCAGGUCGGCCGAGCAACAUGAGGGUGUGAGAAAGUAAAGAGAGAAAAAAACAGCUACAUUUAAAGAAGAGUUUAUGAUAUUAAAACUGAUCAAAUUGUUCUUGUUUUUGAAAACUUAAAGCAAUCCUGUGAUAAAAAAAAUGAAUGAAUGACAGCCCAAACACAAAUAAUGACUUGGAUAGGAGCUGAAAGACGAUAGCAAUUAAAUGUAAGAUAAAAACAAAAGCAAUGCCAACAAAAAAGACACUGCUUGCAUCAGGGUCAUAUUAAAAAUAAAAAUAAUAACAGCCACAGUUCUUCCUGGGAAGAUGAGCCAUAUAAUAGAGCAUACAUAACUAGAGUUUUCCAGACUCUUAAACAAAUGAGCAAUAUUUGUACCAACAAUCCAGAAGAUACAUCUCAGUGAUGAAAAAAGAGCGAGUGUGUGAAUGACUGAGAUGUGACCACUUAUUAUUGCACUAGCUUGUUUGAGGCUAAAAUGUAACAACUGGGUCAUGUUUUAAAUCCAUGAAAGACCUGAACUCAGUCACCUGGAAAAAAAAGCAGCCGUAGUGUGUACUUCACUCGGCAUCUGCUGUCAGCAUAAAGCCAGGUUUGAAGCCGAACAUCAAAGCCAGAGGAGCCUCUGAGCUGGAGCACUUGUUAUUCUGAGGACGUCUGGCAGCUUAUCCACUCACUAGCUUUAUCAAAUCACCUUGGAAGAAUCGCCCUCGAAAAUGUAGUGAAUGUCUUGGUGUGAUUGUGUUUUAACCCCCCGUGUGUGGACGUCUUCUACACCAUGGAUGCACUGUGUGUAAAUGAGCGCCAGUACAGAGGAUGUAGAUAGAGAUACUGCGGGUAACCUUAACCAUGUCCUUCAGACGUGGCACGGCAUUGUGUCUUUGAUUUGUCUGGUCUUUGAAUAGGUGACACUUACGGUAAUAUCCAGCUUGCUUACCAUUAUCACUUAGAUUUGAGAGUUAAAUAAAAAAGAAUAAAAAUAGCAGAAAAGUGUGAUCUUUGGUCACCCCAAUGGCGAACCCACAAA